AUGGCCCCCGAGGCACCUGAUCCGAAGAGCCUGAAAUCAUGGCACGAUGCAUUUCAGUAUCCCAUUCCCACGGUCCGCCGCGUGGAACAGGAGCUGCGCCGGGAUAUAUCCAGCAAUAAGGAGAAGCUCCGAGCUGUCGUGGGGACGAGAUAUCGUGACCUGGUUAGGACUGCGGAAACGAUUGUGGCUAUGAACCGAGAUAUCCAGGAAGUGGAGACCCUUUUGGCCGAUGUUGGACGCCGAUGCAAUCCCCGGUUGGUGGAAAGGAAGCAUGUCCAUGCUCGACAGAUAAAGAGCGGUGAUGUGGAGAAGGACUCGGGAAAGCAUGCUUUCUCCGCUCAGCUUUCACUCCUCCACCGCUGUACGACCACUAUCAAUCGACUUCUGCGACGGCGCGCCUCUACCCUUUUAAUCGCAAAGAUUCUGGUGGUUUCCCGGUUAUUGCACAAGACCUUAUCGCAGCAUGAACCAGUCCCCCCGUUCUUGGAUGACCUCCGAAACCAAUUGGCGUCCUCCCGGCGAACAGUUCUCAAACGCAUUGACAAACGCCUUGCAUCUUCCAGUGCAACGGAUGAGAUUGCUAUCGAAUCGCUAGCUGCAUACUGCCUUGCGACCAGCUCCUCAGCCGAUGACAGCAUCCACCACUUCCACCAAGUCCGAUUGGAUGUCAUUGCCAACCAGCUGGACUUGUCCAGCGAAAACAUUCCCAAAGCUCUUCAAUUAUUUGUUCGGUCUCUUCAAAUAUCCAAAGUACUGCGAUCCCGUCAGUUCGCCGAUGUUCUCUCCAAGCUAAAGGCCCGGCCGCUUCUUGCGGAUCCUGACAUUCAGAGUGUUGACGGACUUGAGGUUGAACUCUUCGGCCGCUGGGUUGCCCCGGAGGUCAAGAACUUUACCCCGUGGAUCAAACUCAGUGAGCUGAACAGGAACGAGGGCGUUGACUCGAUCAAGGAAUGGUCUCUCCAGGCCUUCGAAAGGUUCUCCGAGGGCUGUGAAAAGAGUUUGGCCCAAGGCACCGACUUUUCGGGGCUGCUCUCAUUGCGGACAGAAACCAUAGAACUUUGGCUCUCAUCUUGGGGCUCAACUAUCGUUCACGACUCAUUGGAUGUACUCGAGAGACUUCGCACCAUAUUCAAUGGCCAACUGGCAAGAAUUAUUCAACUGCAUGCGCAAUCUCUAUCCGAGGUUGGAAACAAAGUCUCGGUCAUUGUCUCUGAUUGGGAGAGCACGGAACACGCCCCCGUCGGGUCUUUAUGGGAUGCCGACCUGAUCACCGCAGAAUACUCAAAUGGUGCACAUGCCUUCAAACAAACCGUAGCGGAUAGGCUACUAGGACGUGACGAUGACGUUUCCGAAGUAUUGUCCAAGUACCAAGCAUGGUUGGCAUCAAUCCAGGAAAUCGACGAAUCCAUCGAUUCUCUGCGACGCAUGCGGUGGACCGAUGUUCUUGUUGGAGGCGAAGAUGAUGAAGACAUAGACAUCACUCCUCGAUUAAAUUCGGAGGACCCCCAAUACCUGUCUGAUGCUCUCCACUCUGCCGUCAAAGAUUCCCUCAAAGAUUUACAAACCUCUUUCAGCAGUGCUUUCAAAUCGUUCAACGCCGUACAUAAGAUCGAGAAAGCUACUUUCCUGCUAAGAGUCAUUCGACUUGUGCGUCGGGAUAUCCCCGCAGCAUAUAUUCCUGAUGAUUUCAUUCUUUCCGAUGACAUUCUUCCUGAACUGCAGAAACUACUUGCAGUAGAGGUCAUCGCCAAGGUGGGGUCCUUGAAUCUGGUUCCGUCGCCAAAGUCUCACCCUAAGAACGGCAAACUCAAGACCGUCCCCGGACGCUCUCUCUGGGAAGGUGAACCUGCAAUUCCAGUUCAGCCUUCGACUUCGAGUUUCAAGUUCCUACGCCGUCUCACCUCCACCAUGGAUACCUGCGGCUCAGACCUCUGGGACCCCUCAACGGUGCAAGUGUUAAAACAAGCGUUGAAACAGCACCUUGACGCUACCAUUACCUCUGCAUUGGCUGAUCUCGAUGACACAAAUGACAAGGCAGAUGCUAAGGAUGACCAGCCUGCCACGAACGGCGAAAAAGCGGAGGAAGAUAAGCCAGAGAAAACACAAGCUAAGACCCACUCACCAAGUCAAGUCGAAGGCGUACGUGAUUGGAAAAUCCAGGUUUUCUUCGAUUCUUUGUACCUGUCGGAGAUGCUAGGUGAGCGAAAUCAGCUGGCUGAUGUCGCUGACCGAGCCCAGAAGAGUGCCCUGUCCAGUGCCGAGGCCGCCACUUCUAUCAAGAAGCUUGCCGGCGAGUAUUGGACACAGACGGAGCUACUUUUCGGUCUUUUGGCCGAUCAGUGA